CAGGUUGUUGUAGCUGGCCUAUUCAGUCCCGUCGGUGACGGCUACUCCAAACCUGGCCUAGCUCCAGCAGCAACUCGCUGCCGCCUAGCCAGACUAGCCUGCGCUUCUACUUCUGACUGGCUGGCUGUUGACGCCUGGGAGUCACGGCAACCGAAUUGGACACGUACACGAGUUGUGGCAGAACAACUAGCUAGUCGAUUAAAUUCCCUUGUACUUGGUCAUUGCAGAAGCCGUCUCUCUCAUCCCCACGCGUGCCCUAUUUCCUCCCUCGACCCAGCGCAUGACUGCUCCGAAUCAGGAAAAAUGACUACGAGUGAGGCGCUCACAACAACUGCAGAUUGUGUUGCCUAA